AGACCAAAGCCAGAUAUUCACAGAGACCCACAGAGCGAAGUGAACAGUAUUCAGUCUGCAAAUUCAGUGACAAAGAUCGGCAACUUUAACCACACUUCUAGGCCCAGGCUGAAAAACGUGGACAGAAGUACUGCACAGCAGCUUGCGGUAACAGUGGGAAACGUGACGGUAAUAAUCACAGACUUUAAAGAAAAGACUCGAUCUUCCUCCACUUCGUCCUCCACAGUCACCUCCAGCGCGGGCUCAGAACAGCAGAACCAGAGCGGCUCCGGCUCAGAAUGCACAGAUAAAGGAUCAUCCCGUUCCUCAACCCCCAAGGGCGACAUGUCUGUGGUGAACGACGAGUCUUUCUGA